GUUAAAGCCGUCGUGUACACAGAUGCCGUGCAGACGACCUUCAUGUUAUUUGGAGUCCUCACCGUUGUCGUCAUCUGUUGCAGAGAUCUUGGAGGUGUUGGCAACAUUUUCCGCUUGGCUAAUGCAGGAGGCAGACUGGAGUUCUUUAACUUCGACCCCAAUCCACUGGUUCGCCACACGUUCUGGUCGGUGCAGAUUCAAGGAUUCUUCUCGAUGCUGUCGUGGGUAGGCCUCAACCAAUCUUGCUACCAGAGAUUUGCCUCCGUUUCCAGUAUAACUUUAUCCAAGAGACUAUGCACCCUCUUCAUAAUAGGCCUCUACGUCAUGUGGCUCACCUUCUACUUCUCGGGUAUCGUAGCCUAUGCCACCUACAAGGACUGCGACCCUCUCACCUCCGGAAGGAUCGAGAAGUCCGAUCAAAUUCUGCCUUACCUGGUGUUGGAUAAGUUGUCGCACAUCACAGGCAUGGCUGGGAUCUUCGUCGCUGCCUUGUAUGGAGGUGUACUAAGUUCCCUCUCCUCUACGGGGAACUCCGUGGCGUGCAUCUUAUGGGAGGACCUACUGAGCCAUCUGAAGAUAUUCAAGGACAUCUCUGACGCAUCAGCUACGAAAAUCAUUAAGUUAGUCUCUUCUACAGCCGGAAUCAUUGGCAUAGGCCUAGGACUAGCCGCAGGCAGACUGGGAGAAAUCUUCCAAGUCUCAGUAAGCAUCGAGGGCGCUUUUUCAGGUUCCUUGGUCGGGAUCUUCGUGGCUGGAAUUUGUGCUCCUUGGAUCAAUAAGAAGGGAGCGUAUGUAGGUCUCCUCGCCAGUCUCUCGUUCAACUUAUGGUUGGUGAUAGGAAACUUCAUGAAAGGUCUCGGGUCUCCGGAGAAAUUACCUCUUUCUGUCGAUGGAUGUCCCGAGAACCUCCUUCACCUCGCGAAUACAACCCUGGGUUCCUUCGGGAAUCACACAGCCGCCGAGAUUUCGUUCAGCUCAAUCACCGGGGACGAUGCAAUCACCGAUUUCAAUACCGCGACGUUUCCAGAGGAGGAGCCCGAGAAACUGGCAAAAGAUAUUUACAACCUCAGUUACUGCUACAGAGGUACUCUGGGCAUCCUCCUCAACCUCCUGUUUGGUACGAUCGUCUCCUUCGUAACAGGGCCAGUCUCCCCAAAGGAUGUGGAACCUAGACUGGUAAGUCCCAGUUGCCUGUACGUAUCUGUAUAGAAGGAUCUGGAAGAUCCUCAGACCCAGCGAAGGAUUGACGUUAUCAAAAGACGAUCCCCUCGUGGACAAGAUGGCCGCUGUGCCAAUGCUCAUCCUCAAGACACCGAGAAGUGCCGACAAGCCUGAAUGACUGCUGUUGAGGUCAGCUUGUUUACAUUCACCUCACGGCUGUGUUUGCCUGUAGGCUACCUAAAGCCCUGUCCACAUGGGUGAGCUGUGCCCGACAAACUUUGUUCGAUGUGACGACAGAAGCGGAAUACAGCGGGAGAGUUCUGACUUUCCCUGAUUAUGAUGUCACAACAAACUAGGUUCGCCGAGCAAAGCUCGACCGCGUGGAUGGAGCCUAAAGGUGCGUCCACAUGGUCAAACAAUAUCCAACGGACAAACAUUGUCAGCAAUUAACAAUUGCCUGCCGGUCUUUGCCUUGUGAGCAGAGUAAAAACACUGGUAUACAACCUCAUCUGGUACCAUUGUUUGUUGCCAGAUCUACUUCCAUCGUUUCAAUGCUUAUGAUGUCCUCCUGCUUCGCCUACAAUAUGGUGACAAUGUUUGUCCAUCGGACAUUUUUGGACCGUGUGGACGCACCUUAAGUCUAAUCCUGGACUGGUUCUGUAACAGCCGCAGUUCGGUCUACAAAAGGUCUCCCUACUGAAAGUAGGUGUGAGGAGGUAAA